ACGCUGUAUAUCAUGAACUGAAGAGAAAAUAAAACCAGCCACCAGAGAUGGAAACUGUAACAGCAAGCUCUAUAUUGAUAUCAGUAGUCUGUAUAAUUCUUGUGACAGGGUUAAUCAAAGUAGUGAACUGGGUAUGGUUCAGACCCAAAAAGCUGGAGAAAUGUUUCAGACAACAAGGUCUACCUGGUACUUCUUACCAGUUCUUGAUUGGAGACAUGAAAGAUUACGCGUCCAUACGCACUCAAGCAUUAGAAAACCCCAUGAAUGGCUUCUCCAAUGAUUAUGUUUCGCGUGUUGAUCCUCUAGGCCAUCAACAUUCCACCAAAUUCGGAACGGACUAUUUCGUAUGGGCAGGUCCAAUGCCAAUGAUCAGCAUCUCAAAGCCAGAGUUAAUCAGAGAGGCUUUUACAAAGAUGCAGGAAUUUCGGAAAGCGAAAUUCAAUCCUGUAUUUGAUAAGCUUUUUCCAGGGCUUGUCAGCUAUGAGGGAGAGAAAUGGGCCAAACAUCGGAAGAUCAUUAAUCCUGCCUUCCAUAUGGAGAAGUUGAAGCUUAUGUUGCCGGCAUUUGGCGACAGUUGUUUAGAGAUGAUCAACAAAUGGGAGAUGGUAGUAGCUGAAACGGGUUCAGGGGAGCUUGAUGCGUGGCUGGAGUUAACAAAACUUACUGCGGAUGUAAUCUCUAGAGCAGCAUUUGGUAGCAGCUAUGAAGAGGGACAAAGGAUAUUUGAACUUCUCAAGGAGCAGACAGAUCUAGCUCUUCUUAUGAUACACUCGCUUUAUAUCCCAGGAUACAGAUACAUUCCGACACCAAAAAAUAGAAGAUUUAAGAGAUUAGAAGAUCAAAUACAUACUUCGCUGCGUGCAAUUAUAAACAAACGGAAGGAAGAAAUCGAGGCUGGAGAAGCAGUAAAGACUGACCUGUUGGGUAUACUCAUGGAUUCCAAUUUAAAAGAAAUCCAACAAGUUGAUGGAAAUAACAAAUAUCAGCAUCUUGGGAUGAGUAUCACAGAGGUAGUUGAAGAGUGUAAACUAUUCUACUUAGCUGGGCAAGAAACUACUUCAACACUACUAGUUUGGACAUUAAUUUUGUUGAGCAAACACCAAAAUUGGCAAGCACGAGCACGAGAAGAGGUAUUGCAAAUGUUUGGGAAGAAUGUGCCAGACUUUGAAGGUUUAAACCACUUGAAGACAGUGAUAAUGAUACUUAAUGAGGUUCUUAGACUAUAUCCACCAGCAUUUCAACUGUCACGAAUGAUUUAUAAGGACACAACUCUAGGUGCAUUAUCAAUUCCUUCGGGUACAAUGAUCACUUUCCCAAUAUAUUCUGUUCACCGAAAUAAAGAAGUUUGGGGUGAUGAUGCACUAGAAUUCAAACCAGACAGGUUUUCUGAAGGAAUCUCCAAUGCGGCAAGGGGAAAUAAUGCAUUUUUUCCUUUUGGCUGGGGGCCAAGAAUAUGCGUAGGAGAAAGAUUUGCUAUGGCUGAAACUAAAAUGGCGUUAUCCAUGAUUCUACAACGCUUCUCCUUUGAGCUUUCACCAUCUUAUGCUCAUGCACCGACAAGUGUUAUCUUUUUACAACCUCAACAUGGUGCUCAGAUAGUCUUACACAGGUUAUGAAUGUAUAAACAAUGAGUGUAACUCAAUCUUCUCCACAAUUUUACAAGACUUGCACCUUAAUUUCAAUUUGUAAUGCAGCAAUCGUUUAACAAAAUGAUGUAUCUCUUACAUACCUUCUAAUUAAUGCCAUAAGAUAUGGAUACUUAUAGCAAUGAAUUAACCAA